AUGCGUCUCUCCACAUUCCUCACCGCGGUCGUGGCUGGUACGGCAGUAUCUGUGGCCUUGCCUCAGUCUAGCGACGUUUCAUCCGAUUCCUCGCGCCUGCUGCCCGGCUUUCCCGGUUUCAACUUCCCCAAGCCUCUCGUCAGCUCCAUUGUGCUCAGAAAUCUGAUCACCCGCCGAGACUUGAGCUCCAAAGCCCAGACUUUGCAGCGCUUUGCUGACGCAUCUCCAGGCAGGAACCGUGUGUUCGGAAGUCCCGGACACAAUGCUACGGUCAACUGGCUCUAUGAUGAACUCGUCAAGCUGGACGCUUACGAUGGUGAGAAUUACUUGACGUGCACGUUGGGCUCUUGCAUCACAAGUUGACUGUUCCCUUGGCGCGAUUCGUUGUAGUGUAUUUGCAACCCUUUACAGAGACCUACGCUGAGAACAGUGCCAAAGUUACGGUCGAUGCGGUAGACCAAGGCGCUGGUCCCUUCACAUAUGCUCCAGGCGGUCAAGUGACCGAGCAGCUCGUGCAGGUUGCCAAUGUCGGUUGCGCAGCAUCCGACUUUCCCGCAGCAGUCUCGGGCAAGAUUGCGCUCAUUUCGCGAGGAACCUGCCCUUUCGCUAGCAAAGUCGGGCUUGCAGGUGCCGCGGGUGCCAAAGCAGCUUUGAUCUACAACAACGCCGACGGUGCACUUUCCGGCACCCUGGGUGGUACCUCUACGCCCGAGGGCCCUUACGUUCCAGUCGCUUCUCUUGACAAGGCCAGAGGCGAUGCCCUUGUUGGCAGACUGGCCGCUGGAGAGACCGUCACGGCCGCUCUCGACAUCGUCGGAAUCACCGAGGACCGCGAAACCUACAACGUCAUUGCUCAAACGCGCACAGGUGACCCCAACGAGGUCUACUUUGUGGGAAGCCACACCGACAGCGUCAUUGCAGGACCCGGCAUCAACGACAAUGGCUCAGGCACCAUUUCCCUCCUCACCAUCGCCCAGAAGCUCAAGAAUUUCAGGACCAACAAGGCGAUCCGUUUCGGUUUCUGGUCUGCCGAAGAAUUCGGCCUGCUCGGAGCCGAGCACUAUGUGAGGACGUUGUCGACUGAAGAGCGCAACAAGAUCCGCGUUUGUGAGUUUGCAAAGAGCUCCCUUGCGAAUCUGUUUGUCCGGUCCGCCCACUCACCUGAACUUUUUCUCACAGACGGCAACUUUGACAUGGUCGCCUCGCCAAACUACGUUUACGGCGUAUACGAUGGAUCUGGAAGAGCUUUCAACAUCACAGGACCAGCCGGCUCCACUGAAGGGCAAGACCUGCUGCAGAGUUACUUCCGUUCCCAGCGCCUCAACACUGUUCCUAGCGGAUUCGACGGCCGGUGAGUACCUCUCUCCAUCGAUUUGUGUCUGUCUAUCGUUGCUGAACUCCUGAUCCGGACAUGUCUGAUAUCACCAGCUCCGACUACGGACCUUUCUUGGAGGCCAACAUUGCCUGCCUCGGUCUCUUUACUGGCGCCGAGGAACUCAAGACCGAGGAAGAGGCCAGGCUUUUCGGCGGACAAGCCGGCGUUGCACUUGAUGCCAACUACCACGUGAGCUACCAUCCAUGCCGUCGUAUUGCGCUGUGCAUCUCAGAAUGACACGUGGGACCCACUGACCUUGACUCCUAUGCUGCCAUUUGCCAACCACAGAAAGCUGGCGACGACAUCAACAACCUGAACUACGACGCUUUCCUUGCAAACGCCAAGGCCAUCGCCCACACCAUCGCCACGUACGGAAGAGGCUUCCAAUCCCUGCCGCCCAAGGAACAAGCCGUGCCUCAACCGCAGCUUCGAAUUGCGAAUGCUCAGCAUGCUCACAAGGGCAGCAUCAAGAGAUGCGGAGAGACUCUGCUCGAGGCAUGA